AAUCAAAAUAAAAAUAAAGCCACCUACAAAUCCAGAUACAAAACAAGCCAAAUCAAAAACACGAAUUUCUUCAUACAUUCAUAAUCUUAGUCUGUGUUAAUUUCAAGAUGAAAUUGUAUUAAGAUUCUACAAGAGUUGAAGUACCGGAUCCUUGUUAAAUCACAAUAUGUCCUCACAUCAAUUUAUUGAAACUCUGAAACGAAUUGGAUAUCCAGGCUCCAAUGCGUUGGAUCCCCUUGCACUUGAAUGGGCUUUUGAAAACCCAUCGACUUUACCUUUUUUAGAGUGGUUUUGUAAUAAUAUCAGUGAAGACAAUGUUUUGACAAAAGAAGAGUUGGAAGAGUAUAAAGAAAUUGAAGAAUCAGGCAUGGUACUGAGUGGCCCUUACUUGGAGGAGGCUUUAAAAGCAUUGGGCACAGAUGAUAGCCAGAAAAUAAAAGAUAUAGAUGAAGAUAUUGACCACUUGAAAGAAACUUUAGCAAGAACCAAACUGCAAAAGGAGACCUUGAAAAGUCGCUGUAACAAGUUAAAUGUUCAUCACAUGGCAUUGGUCAACAAAGUAACAAAGAUGGAGGAAGUUGAGGAACAAAGCAUCAAAGCAUGCCAUCAAGUUAUUGACCAAUGUGGAUUAGAAAAUAUUAAAAUUAAUGAAUCACUUCAAAAGUUGAUGCAGAGUGUCCAGACUCUGAUUACCCUCUACCAGCUUCCAAAGGGAGAGAACGCAGAGUCUUCCCCCAACUCUCCAUUUUUAUCACAUUUGGAUUUAAAGGCAUAUAAUGAAGCAGAAGAAAAAUAUUCAAGAGAGCUGACAGCAUUUACUAAAAAACAGUUUUUUGAGGGGAUUGCAGAUCUCGCAGGGGAAAAAGAUGGUUCACAGUAUGGUCUUCUGGAUGUUAGUUCACCAGAAAAACUUGCAGUUGAUGGUGAAGAAAAUGCAAGUUUCCUUGAAGACUGCGAGGAAUUUAGUCGUCUGCAGCAAAUAUUUCCAAAAAGUGAAUGUGACCGCAUAAAUGCAUUAGUUAGGGCUAAGAAAGCAUUGAAUGCUGUUCACGAGGCAAGGUCCAUACUCCACCAACUGAAAUCUGGCCAGUUUCCCACAUCACCCUCAGAAAUCAGCCGCCUCCACCAUAGCACAGAACAGAGCAUAGAAGCAGCAAAAGCAGAGGCCUCUGCCUUGGUAGCAUCACUGCCAGAUUUGUUGCAUGAGUUGGGAAGUUUACAGGGAACUGAAAUACUGACAGGAGACUAUGAUCUGAAAUUGAAACGUCAAGAAUAUUUUACCAAAAAUCAAGAGAAGAUCAUUGAGUAUCUCUUAAGUCAGAGAGCACGGAAUGAAUUUCUAACAAUGCUGUAUGACCUAGAGACCAAAUGCCACAGGGAGACGCAUGCACUUUUGUCAUCAAUUCGACAAAUGUUGGAAAAACAUCUCACAGAGUGGCAGCAAAGGAUGAAAGACAUGGACGACCCAGACUUGGGUGUAAAGAAGUUUGAGCGCAGUGUUGUGGACUCCAGAGACACAUCAUCAUCACGUCUCUACCACUUGCUGGGAGAUUCAACUGACGAUAGUAAAAUGCUCUACCUCCCAAAGCAAAAAAUUGUUGAAAGGGCUAAAAACUUGUACAGUGAAUACAAGAAUGCUCAGUCCAUAGACCAGACAGAUUUUGAGAAGUACAUUUCAAAAGUCAGUCAGCUAGAGAAAUGUGUUAAAGACUGUGAGUCAGCUUUGUAUGAUGGCUCCAGCACAUCCAGUGGCUUGCCCUGUCUCUCCCCCGUUGACGUCCAGUCAGCUAUGGCCACCCUCAUGUCUAAACUCAGCUCACUUGAAACUGAUAUCACAGGCGUCAUUGCUGAUGUCAAUACCAAAAAAGCAGCUCUGAAAAAUAAUGUUUUGCUUAGCAAAGAAAGGGAGCUGUUCAUCUUAUAUCACACAAACCCUAGUAGACUCCAGUAUGUUGUUAAUGGACUAUGUGAAAGGACUAAAGUUCAAGAUAUUAGCUAGAUUUAAAAUCACAUUUAUUUGUCAAAAUAAAUUGUUUAUAACUUGAAAAAUG